AUUUUAAUUGCUGCUAAAAGUAUUUCUGAUUGUCUAUUUAUGAAUGUCAAGCUUAUUAAUGUAGAAUCAGAUCACAGAGUUCAGCUUGUACUUACAUGUGUUCAGGUUCUGUGCUUUUUAUUCAACUGUGCCUUCUGUCAUGGCUUGGAUGGCUUAUAUUUCCCACUGGUUUGAUGAAGAUGAUUGGUAUGAAGGACAACAACGAGCAAAAAUGUCGCAGGUGAAACAAGUGGGACUUUUAGCUGCUGGAUGUCAGCCAUGGAACAAGGAUGUGUGUGCUGCCAGUGGGGACAGAUUUGCCUACUGUGCUACCCUUGCUAUUUAUAUUUAUCAGCUGGAUCACCGGUACAAUGAAUUCAAGCUGCGGGCAAUUAUGUCUGAGCAUAAGAAGACGAUCACAGCCAUCUCGUGGUGUCCCCACAACCCUGACGUGUUUGCAAGUGCCAGUGCAGACAGCUUAGUGAUUAUCUGGAAUGUGCCUGAGCAGAAAGUCGUGGCCAGGCUGGACAAUACAAAAGGAAUCCCUGCCUCCCUGAGCUGGUGCUGGAAUGCCGGGGACACGGUGGCCUUUGUGUCCCACAGAGGUCCCUUGUACAUUUGGACAAUCUCAGGACCCGACAGUGGGGUGAUGGUGCACAGGGAAGCACAUAGUUUCUUGUCAGAUAUCAGUCUCUUUCGGUGGCAUCCAAAGAAAAAAGGAAAAGUAGUGUUUGGACAUACUGAUGGGAGCCUGUCUGUUUUUCAGCCAGGUUCUAAAAAUCAGAAACACGUCUUAAGACCAGAGUCCCUGGAAGGAACGGAUGAAGAGGACCCAGUUACGGCGCUGGAGUGGGACCCUUUGUCAACAGAUUACCUUCUGGUGGCGAAUCUACACAACGGCAUUCGCCUGGUGGAUUCUGAAUCUCUCUCCUGUAUCACAACCUUUAGUUUUCCCAGCGCGGCGGCGUCCGUUCAGUGUUUGGCCUGGGUUUCUAGUGCACCCGGGAUGUUUGUGACUGGAGAUUCUCAGGUUGGAGUGUUACGUUUUUGGAAUGUUUCCCGUACAACACCUAUAGAUAAUUUUAAAUUGAAGAAAACUGGUUUCCAUGGUUUGCACGUGCUGAGUUCCCCUCCAAAGAAAAAGCCAUGUUCAUCCCAGUAUCCUACGAAAAAUCACCAUACGUCCUCAACCAGCGAGGCUGUUCCUCCUCCAACUUUAACCCAAAACCAAGCGUUUUCCCUCCCUCCUGGUCAUGCCGUCUGCUGCUUCAUGGAUGGUGGAGUGGGCCUUUAUGACAUGGGAGCCAAAAAGUGGGAUUUCCUGAGAGAUCUGGGACAUGUUGAGACCAUCUUUGAUUGCAAAUUCAAACCUGAUAACCCUGAUCUUCUUGCUACAGCUUCAUUUGAUGGCACAAUAAAAGUUUGGGACAUAAAUACUUUAACAGCGGUUUACACAUCUCCUGGUAAUGAGGGGGUUAUUUAUUCCCUUUCUUGGGCUCCAGGAGAUCUGAACUGCAUCGCAGGGGCGACAUCCCGGAACGGUGCCUUCAUCUGGGACGUCCCGAAAGGCAAAAUGAUAACCAGGUUCAGUGAGCAUGGAAAGAAUGGAAUCUUCUGCAUUGCCUGGAGUCAUAAAGAUUCCAAAAGAAUAGCAACCUGCAGCAGUGAUGGAUUUUGUAUCGUUCGGACCAUUGACGGCAAGGUCCUUCACAAGUACAAACAUCCAGCUGCUGUGUUUGGCUGUGACUGGAGUCAAAACAACAAGUAA